AUGACACGCUCAUUCUUCGACGCCGUGAGGAAGGGAAUAUUUGCACGAAGUUCAAGAGUCAACCACUCCGAGUCUCAAUAUGCCGCACCGUACAACAGAGCGCACUUCAUACACUUCCUCCCGACGGAGCUACUCGCCCAUAUCUUUAUCGCUGGUGCUGAAGUAGAUGAUAUGUUUGCAAUGAACAUAUCUCAAGUUUGCCAUGCUUGGCGAAGUAUCGCUCUGCAUACGCCCAAGCUGUGGCGUAGGAUUUGCCUUUCGCCGUACGAGACCUUAUGGCGAACUUGGAUCCAUCGCGCCAAGUCAUGUUCGUUAGAUGUCCAACUCUUGCCGUAUUACACAUCAAGACCCGGGCACCGACUUCUCCAGCGAUCGGAUUACAACCUUGUCCAAUGGUACAUGCGUUCGAUCUCCCGACUGAUUCCCAGAUGGAGGUCACUCGAAAUCGUCUUCGCAACAUACUCACCAUUCCUUUGGAAUGCUGCCCUAUCGGAAUGCUGCGCGUAUACGUCCCGAGUUCAUGCACCCUUGCUCGAAGAAAUGCACCUCAUCUACCCUGCCAACGACGACUCAAAGGAAUACUGGCUAUUCAACGGCGUUGCUCCCAAUCUGCGACGCGUUACUGUUGACGGAAUCAGAUUGUCAUGGGCCCCGUCCCUCUACGCAAACCUUACAUAUCUUGACUACACUCAUCAUCGCUUCUCCGCGGGUUGGUCUGCCGUACAUGAAGUCUUGUCAAUUUUGCACGUCUCUCAUCACCUCACCUCACUCAAGAUUAUGUUCCGUUGGAGCGGAGCUGACCCCUGCGUCUGCCGCCCUCCCAACCCCAUCCCGCGAUUGUCACUCGCGCAGCUCGAGACUCUUCAGAUCAAUAAUGACGGCCCGGAUAUCCCUUCCGAGCUCCUUGCGCUCAUGCGUUUCAUAACGUUCCCAUCCCUGAAAUCCCUUUAUCUCGCCGAUCUCUCCGAGAGCCCAAACAGAUUCCACAAUCUCUCGCACUUCUUCGCUGCUUUUCGUUUGCCGAGAAAGCUCCAUAGCAUACGUCUGGAGCAUGGGUGGUAUGAUCAGGAUCUGGCCGCACGCAUCAUACGGUCAAUGCCUUGGUUGUCCAGACAUCUAUAUACGCAUCGACGGCGUCGCCAGGAUAGCAAGCGACAUUACCACUAG